AUGCCUAACAACAAAGUACACUAGUUAAUUUAAUAAAUCAAUUAUUUUAAUCUCUUUUAUUUAUAAAAUGAUUUGCUUGAAAAUAAUAAAUAAAAANAUUAAAGUUUAUAAUAUCUAAAAAAUAAUUCUUUUAAAGCUCCACCUCUUAAUUAUAGUAGAGGAGAAUAACUGCAAAAUCUUUUAGAGAGUAUGAUAGUUUAUAAUGAAAAACAAAGAAUUUCAUUUGCUGAUCUCUUUACUCAUAUUGUAGUAAAAAGUAAAGGUUUGGAUGAUACUGUAGUAAUGAAUAGUGAAUAUAUUUAUAGUUAAAGUAGAAAUUUUGGAAGUUCAAAACUAUUUGAUAAAUCUAUUCAUUUAGAGAAAAAGAAAAAAACUUCCAUUUUAUUGUUGUUAUAAAAAUUAUAAUUAUUGUUAGAGUCAUUUCUUGAUAAAUUUAAAAUUUGUCAGUAAUUAAUAGAAUAAAUUGAAGAUAAUAAUGAAUUUUUAUUUUUUAAAUUGAAUAUUUAUUUAAUAGGAAAUUAUUAAUUGUUAUAUGCACUUGCUUUAAUUUACAUAAGACCUUAAGAAUUACAUCCAAGUAUUUUAAAAUAUAAUGAUUAAUUAAUGCUUAUCGAGAAAUUAAGUGAAGCAUAAAAAGGAAUAAAAAUAUAUCAUCCAAUUACUAAAAUUUAUUAAGAUUUUUAUGAUUCAAUUCAAUCACAAUAUCAUACAUUUGUAUAUUAAUUUAAAGAAUUUUAUAUUAAUAUUAAAAGGAGAAAAGAACUUCCUAAUGAAUUAGAGGAGUUUACUUAAUAAGCAGUCUCUAGAAGAAUCGAAUUAACUAUAUUAUUAUAAAAUAUUAAAAAUUUUUAAAUAACUUAUCUAAGUAGAAUCCCUAACACCCUAUAAUAUUUAUUAGAUUAGGUAAUUAAAUUUGAAAGUUUAUCCCCAAUUAGUCUUAAUCAAAAGAAUGUAGAUCAAUAGUCAUAGCCAUCCUAAUAAAUUGGAUAAAUAUGA